CUCAUCAGAGGCUGGAGGGUGUCCCAAACUAGAGGAAGAGAAGAGGGAAUUUGGCUGAAGUGGUGUGGGCAGGUGAGUUUCACUUGCGGCCUUGUAGCCAGGAAAAAGGUUCCAUCUGGAGGGUGGAGGAAGAGCCCAAGGACAGUCCUUUUCUGCCCUUGUCACUUCUUCCUCUUGCCUCUCUCCAGCUGUGUUACCACCAAAACGCACCCCUCCCCCCACUAGUUCCCCAACUUUGACCCUGAGUGUUUGAUUUGGAACAGGAGGACAGAGGCUUACGUGGGCCAUUUAAAGUCCAGGUCCCUACCUCAGCCCCACCUCCCUAGCCUGGCCUGACCCCUGGCCCCCUCCAGCUCCACCUCUGCCACCCCUCUGCCCAUCCAACCUUUGCCCUUGGCUGCCUGUCUUCAACAUACCCAUCAUGCCUCUUGCCCAGUAGUACCACCCAGAGACCAGGAACCUCCAGAGACUGAAAGAGGCAUCCUGCACCCUAGUCCUGUCUGUCUGUCUUUCUGUCUAUCUCCCAAUCUGCAUUAUGAUUCAAGAUCCUGACAGCGGCCCAGGAGCUAUAGCUAUGACUGUCUUCAUUAUUUUGUCCCUGUGUAGUGUUCUCAUGGUAGGCGUGGGUGAAGGUGGAGCUGGGAGUGAGGAAGGAGUUGAGAGGGAAUGUAAACCUGGCCAGCCUCCCCUCUGCCCCUCCAUACGUCCCAGUGCCCAGCCCUGGACACACCCUGGCCAGAGCCAGCUGUUUGCAGACCUGAGCCGAGAGGAGCUGACGGCUGUGAUGAGCUUUCUGACCCAGCAGCUGGGGCCUGGCCUGGUGGAUGCUGCCCAGGCCCGCCCCUCAGACAACUGCGUCUUCUCAGUAGAGCUGCAGCUACCCCCCAAGGCUGCAGCCCUGGCCCACCUGGACAGGGGAAGUCCCCCGCCUGCCCGAGAGGCACUGGCCAUCGUCUUCUUUGGCGGACAACCCCAGCCCAAUGUGAGCGAGCUGGUGGUGGGACCACUGCCCCAGCCCUCCUACAUGCGGGAUGUGACUGUGGAGCAUCAUGGGGGCCCCCUGCCCUAUUACCGACGCCCCGUGCUGAUCCGAGAGUACCUGGACAUAGACCAGAUGAUCUUUGACAGAGAGCUGCCCAAGGCUGCUGGUCUCCUCCACCACUGUUGCUUCUACAAACACCAAGAACGGAACCUGGUGACGAUGAACACAGCUCCUCGUGGUUUGCAAUCAGGAGACCGGGCCACCUGGUUUGGCCUCUACUACAACAUCUCAGGAGCUGGGUUUUUCCUGCACCCUGUAGGGUUGGAGCUGCUGGUAGACCACAAGGCUCUGGACCCUGCCCACUGGACCAUCCGGAAGGUGUUCUUUCAAGGCCGCUACUAUGAGAGUCUGGCCCAGCUGGAGGACCAGUUUGAGGCUGGCCUGGUGAAUGUGGUGCUGGUCCCAGACAAUGGCACAGGUGGGUCCUGGUCCCUGAAGUCCCAGGUGCCCCCGGGUCCGGCUCCCCCUCUGCAAGUCCAUCCCGAGGGUCCCCGCUUCAGUGUCCAGGGGAACCAAGUGGCCUCUUCAUUGUGGACUUUCUCCUUUGGCCUGGGAGCUUUCAGUGGCCCAAGGAUCUUUGACAUCCGCUUCCAAGGGGAGAGAAUAGCCUAUGAACUUAGCCUCCAGGAGGCCUUGGCUGUCUAUGGUGGCAAUUCUCCUUCUUCUCUGCGAAGCCGGUACAUAGAUGGUGGCUUUGGCUUGGGGCGCUUCUCUUCACCCCUGACCCGUGGGGUGGACUGCCCCUACCUGGCCACCUACAUGGAUUGGCACUUCCUUUUGGAGUCCCAAGACCCCAAGACAAUACAUGACGCCUUUUGUGUGUUUGAACAGAAUCAGGGCCUCCCCCUGAGGCGACACCACUCAGAUAUCCACUCCCACUAUUUUGGGGGACUUGCAGAGACAGUGCUGGUUGUCAGAUCUGUGUCUACCAUGCUCAACUACGAUUAUGUGUGGGAUAUGGUUUUCCACCCCAAUGGGGCCAUAGAAGUCAAAUUCCACGCCACGGGCUACAUCAGCUCAGCAUUCCUCUUUGGUGCUGCCCGAAGGUACGGGAACCAGGUUGGAGAGCACACGCUGGGCACCAUCCACACCCACAGCGCCCAUUUCAAGGUGGAUCUGGAUGCAGGAGGACUGGAGAACUGGGUCUGGGCUGAGGACAUGGCCUUUGACCUAACCUCAGUACCCUGGAGCCCUGAGCACCAGAUACAGAGACUGCGAGUGACCCGGAAGCUGCUGGAGACAGAGGAGCAGGCCGCCUUCCCCCUGGGAGGCACCCACCCUCGCUACCUGUACCUGGCCAGCAACCAUAGCAACAAGUGGGGUCACCCAAGGGGCUAUCGUAUCCAGAUGCUCAGCUUUGCUGGGGAGCCACUGCCCCGGAACAGCUCCACGGAGAGAGCCUUCAGCUGGGGCAGGUACCAGCUGGCUGUGACCCAGCGGAAGGAGGGGGAGCCCAGCAGCACCAGCAUCUACAAUUUGAAUGACCCUUGGACACCCACUGUGGACUUCACUGACUUCAUCAACAAUGAGACCGUGGCAGGGCGGGACUUGGUGGCCUGGGUGACGGCUGGUUUCCUGCACAUCCCACAUGCAGAGGACGUUCCCAACACGGUGACCGUGGGGAACGGUGUGGGCUUCUUCCUUCGACCCUAUAACUUCUUUGACCAGGACCCCUCGUUCGAUUCUGCUGAUGCCGUCUACUUCCGGGGGGACCAGGAUGCUGGAGCCUGUGAGGUCAACCCCCUAGCUUGCCUCCCCGAGGCUGCUGCCUGUGUCCCCAACCUCCCUGCCUUCUCCCAUGGGGGCUUCUCUCGCAACUAGGUGGUCCCCGGGAUGGGGAAUGUGGCCAGGGGCCCCAGGGCCAGGGUGUGUGAGGAGAGGGGGCAGUGGGCACUGGGUUGGGCAGCCUGGUGCCCUCUUCUUCCUCACAUCCUUGAGGUCCUCUCCACUCCCUCCCCCAAGGUCCUCUCUCUCCCCUCCCAUUGCCCUUCCUUGCAUCCACCUCCCUGGAGGAAGGAUCCUGAGCUGCGAUGCCUGAUACAGGGAGGACUGAGCUUUGUUGGCCCCAGACCUGCUGCGUUCCCAUCCCAGAGAGGAGAGGAUCGGCCAGCCAGGGCUCUGGAGUGAUGGCCAAGCUUUUCUCAGAAAACUCCUGUUUUUUUCAUCUUAUUCUUUGAAUAAGGCAUAAUUCAUAUAUCAUUACAUUUACCCUUUUAACAUGAACAAUUCAGUCAUUUUUAGUAUUUCACAAAGUUGCACAACCAUCACCACUAAGUCCAGAACAUUUUCAUCACCCCAAAGAGAAACCCUGUGCCUGUUAGCAGUCACUCCCUAUUUCCUUCCAACCCCUUCCCAGCUCUAGGCAAUCACUAAUCUUGCUCUGUACACUUUGCUUAUAUUCUGGACUUUUCAUAUAAAUAGAUUCAUGCAAUAUGUGGUCUUU